ACACUCACUCACACACACAGACAUUUGUUUAUGUUUUAUUUAACUAAAAAUAGCCCUGCCUAAGAUUUGAGAGAACAGACACACAUUAAAACCAAAUUAAACCAAACCAGACAAAGCGAUAAUAACAAAAUAGGGCAUUAGUAAUACAGAAAGUUCAGUUGAUGACAGAUAACGCUUUAUGAGACAUCCAGGUAUUACUGUGUGAUGUUUGAGUGCAAGGGGAUUUUUACCAUCAGGUAUAAAGUAUUCACACAAAUCGGACAAGUGUUUACUUUCCUUUCACGUUUGUGAGAACAAAUGAAAAGGGGAUGUAAAAACGGAAUCGCUUUCAGGGGUCAAAUCCUGAUUACUCUGAAGCGCCACGUCGAGUCAGGUUAAUGAUGAUCGGGUUGUGAAGAGAUCUAUAAACGAGCUCCAUCCAGCCCGUUCAGGGGUGCAGCAGCAGCGCGAUGUGUGUCUACAAGCAGUCCACACUGUUACAAAAGAUCAACUAGACCAGAGGAGGACUUUAUUUGUGAAUGGGACAAGAGAAGCCCUGAGAUGAAUCAGACACACACUCUCCAUGUAUGGGACCUUGAAAAAAAACAGUUUCUUGUGCGUGAAAACUGCGGCAUACAAGCACCGCUCAGCGUUCACUUGGAGACACUGGGAAUCACGACAAGAAAGACAGACAUAUGGGUGCAGACACGAGCGGGGAACCUCACCUGUAAUUCAAGCAAAAUCUCAGUCAUCCUUGAAUGCAUGGUCAAAUACAGUGAACCUCAGAUUAUCCGCAUGAAAAGGUCAGCUGGGAUCCUGAAUCUCACACUGGACAAACCGAGGGAUGACAAAAGUGCUAUAUAUGAGAUCAGAUGGCGAGAAACGGGCUCUAAAUGGCAGAAUGCAACAUUUGAAACUAAGGACGGGACCAUUGAAGAUUUCCACAUGCUACAUCUACAGAACCAGACCGCCUACCAGAUCCAGCUGAGGCGGCAGGCCAAACCGAAGUCAGAUCUAUGUAAAGACUCACCACAUGCUCUCUGGAGUGACUGGAGCCAAAUGGUGGAUGUUCCCUCAGACAUCAGGCACCGACCUGUAAUACGCUGGAUAGAGAAAAAACAGGAACAUGGUACCAGGGAUAUUAUUCUCUCCUGGGAUGCCCCAACUGUUGAAGAGUCUGUAGGGGGUGUGAAGUACAGCCUGAGCUUCACGGUUUCACCUUGUGACCAAAACAAGAGAAAGAAAACCAUAACUAGUCAAAGCUAUAAUACGUCAAUAACAUAUUCAGAGGCCAGGAUUUACAUUAUUGCCAUUAACAAGGUCGGACAUUCACCAUGGAGGAGGAUCGUCAUUCCCGCUGUGAAACAUCUCAACUACUGCGACUCGGAGAUGCCCUCCAAAAUCACCAUGGCUAGAAAUAAAACCUGCUUAGAAUGGUACAAGCUGAAAGACGGUGUGACCCGACACCAGACAGUACAUAGCUCAGACAAAAAACUGCCCAAGGACAUUAAAAAUGAGGUGGAGCACUUUGUACGCCAUUAUUACUUUCUUCACACCCUAAGAAAGAAACGGUAUCAAACCGUCGCUAUGUGUCCUUUUUACUCAAAACAGAAAGCACCUAGUAAGGGUCCAGACAAUGUGAAUAUUUCUAAUAUCACACAUAAGUCGGCCGUGCUAAGCUGGCUUUCCAUUCCUGUGGUGGAGCAGCAAGGAUUUCUACUGCAUUAUGACAUUUGGAUUUCUGGACACGGAAACACAAUGUUUCAUGAAGUCACAGCAAACACCAGCUUCCUGAUCAACGACCUCCACCCGGGGACCUCAUACACCGCGUCUAUAUCCGGAAGGACCGAAGCCGGCAAUGGGCCGAACUCGACGAUGAACUUUGAAACACUGCACGAAGAAAGUGGCUUAUCGUGGCAGGACCAAACCAUCCUGAUCGUCUGCGUGAUUGCUCUCUUGUGUACCAUAAUCUGCUCCGUAGCUGCCAGGAGAUUGAAAGUAUUACCAGAGGUGCCGAGUCCUGUGAUUGAUGCCGCAGAAUUCAGAUGUCCGGAAGAGCAGGGCCAGAAGAUAGAGGAGGUGCAUGAAUUCAUUCUCUUGCUGCAUCGGGAUCUGGGCGAACGCAGGGAGGACGUGACUCCCGAGCAGAGCGCUUUACUGAAAGACUUCGGGCUCGUCGUCUUCGAAGAGGAAGAUGAGGAAGAGCGCGGAGUGACUGACUUGAGCUCUAUCAAAUCCUGUUGCUAUCCGAAUCCUAGCUACAGAGGACAGACGCUGCAGCUGCCAGAGCCUUUCCACGCGACGGACGGCAGCGCUUCGAGAGACAACGACACGGAGUCCACGUACAGAAACGGCCUGUUCUUUGAAACGCGGGUCCUGGAGGCCGACAAAACGUCACUCUAACAGAACCUGACCGUAGGGACCAAUAAACAAACCUCCUGCCAGGUGCGCUCAGUUACGGCAUCCUUAGUUUUUUGGCUUUUCUUUAAAGUGCACCUGAGAAAAAAAAAAAAAAAAAAAAAAAAAAAAUUAUAUAUAUAUAUAUAUAUAUAUAUAUAUAUAUAUAUAUAUAUAUAUAUACUGAAAUAACCCAGUUCUGAGAACAGUGUGCGAUUCUCAGCAGUAACUGAGGUUGCAAAAGCAUCCUCACACUUAAGCUUUGUUGUGGUCACUGACGUCACAUUCUGGAUUCUCAUUAUGUCUAUGUAUGAAGCAUAAUGCUUAUUGGUGUUUUUUACACAUAGGUACAGUUAAAAGUUUAGGGUUAGUUAGAAUCUUUCAAAGAAAUUCACGCUUUCACAAAGCGAGGAUGCACUGAACUGAUCCAAAGGGACAGUAAAGGCUUUUAGAAAUAUUAUGAUUUCAAAUAAAUGUUGUUCUUUUGAACUCUCUUUUCAUCAUAGAAUCCAGAAAAAAAUAGCCCUUGUUAUUAUUAUCAACGUAUGUAGUAAAUAGCGGUUGUACUAUAAAAUGCAUAGCAAAGAAAUCAUACACAGCUGAGUAUAUAUUUAUACAUUUACAGUUUUGUCCACUAGGGAGAGCAAUUCAAUCUCUCUGAAAAGACACUGGGCUUUUUACAUCGUUUAAAUAAACAGACAUUACAAACCAA